UCCUACUACGGUGACCACAUGGUGUUGCAGAAGGAGCCGGCGGGGGCCUUGGUGUGGGGCUACGGGGAGCCGGGGGCCGUGGUGACCGUGGUCAUCUCCGGGGACGGCGGCCUCAUCAUCAUGAAGAAGACGGCACGAGUUAAAGGACCUUCUGGGACAUGGACAACGGUCCUGGACCCUAUGGAUCGGGGUGGUCCCUACGCACUGACGGCCGGGCAGGGCUCAGAGAACGUGACGCUGCGGGACGUCUACUUUGGGGAUGUGUGGCUUUGCAGCGGGCAGAGCAACAUGGCAAUGACAGUCCUGCAGAUUGUCAACGCCAGCCAAGAGCUCGCUGCUGCUGCUCGCUACCCCUACGUCCGCAUCUUUGCCGCGGCGCCUGCCCGCUCCAACGUGGAACUGGAGGAUCUGAAGCAAAUCGACUUGCCGUGGUCCAUCCCGACGGCCGAAAACCUGGGCCAUGGGAAUUUCACCUACUUCUCGGCCAUCUGCUGGCUGUUGGGGCGCUACCUCUACGAGGCUCUGCGGUACCCCGUGGGGCUGGUGGAGGCGGCCUGGGGGGGCACCCCCAUCGAGGCCUGGUCCUCUCAGAGGGCUCUGCAGGCAUGCGGGCUGCCGGAAGACGUGGGGAGCAUCUCCCCACACUGGCACCUCUCUGGCCCGCAAACGCCCUCCGUGCUCUGGAACGCCAUGAUCCACCCGCUGCUCAACAUGACGCUGCGGGGUGCGCCCACCCCCGCCGGGCCCCACGCUUUCCACGCCGGAUCGGCUGGGCAGACGGAGCCGCUCCUCCCAUUCGGCUUUGUGCAGCACCCCCGGGACAAGCAGAACGUGGCCCACCGGCUGCACCUGGGCGCCAGGGCUGUGGCGUACGGGGAGAAAGACCUGGUUUUCCAGGGGCCGUACCCCACCCGGGCCGUCCUGGAGGUGACCAGGGCUCUGCUGAACGUCACCUACACCCAGGAGCUUGUCUUCCGCCGGCGGGACGCGCAGGCGUUCGAGGUCUGCUGCUCCAGCCAACCGUCCCCGUGCAGGUGGCUGCCGGCACCCGUGGUGGCAGUGGAGUCCCACACGGUGACGCUGGCCCUGGCCGGCUGCGGGACGCUGGUGCUGGGCUUACGCUACGCCUGGGCCGAGUGGCCCUGCGAGUACCGGUCCUGCACGCUCUACAACACCCAGGGCCUGCCUGCCCCCCCCUUCCUCCUGGACACCCUGCCCGGAACAGCCGGAGGGAGGGAGCUGCUUCUCCUCCCGGGCUCCUGGUUCUCCGUGGGGAUUUAG